AUGCGCUUCCUGCCCUUAAUAGCUUCAGCCAGCGCGCUUGUCGCCAGUGCAUUUGCCGCCGAGCAAUCCAGCGAGGAGAGAUUCAUCAAGUUCAACCGUCUCGCCCGUCUCUCGUCUCCCCUCCAGCUCAACGAUGUUUCGUACAAGUCGCUGACGAGCACACCACGGGAUUAUUCCGUUGCUAUUGUCUUGACUGCCCAGGACGCUCGAUUCGGAUGCCAGCUUUGCAGGGACUUCAAACCAGAGUGGGAGUUGAUCGCCCAGAGCUGGGCUAGAGGCGAUAAGCGACAAGAAUCUCGGCUGUUCUUUGGUGUUUUGGAUUUCGCUGAGGGCAGAGACACCUUUUUAUCGCUCGGUCUUCAAACAGCUCCCGUCUUGAUGUUUUUCCCUCCUACGACAGGACCCCACGCCGUCGCUUCUGCCGAACCCAUUCGCUAUGACUUUACCACUGGGCCUCCCACCGCUGAGCAAGUCCGAAACUGGUUGGCCCGCCAUCUUCCUGGCCGCCCUCACCCUGAGAUUAAGCGUCCUAUCAACUGGUUGAAAUGGGUGUCUCUCUUCACCUUUGUUGCUGGCGCCAUCACGGCAAUGGUCUCUGCGUCGCCAUAUAUUCUUCCCAUUAUACAGAACCGGAAUCUCUGGGCUGCUGGCAGCAUGAUUGCCAUUCUCCUCUUUAUUAGUGGCCACAUGUUCAACCACAUUCGAAAGGUCCCUUAUGUCGCGGGAGAUGGCAAAGGAGGCAUCACUUACUUCACUGGCGGAUUCCAGAACCAACUUGGGCUAGAGGUCCAGAUCGUUGCCGCAAUAUACGGCAUUCUGAGCUUCUGCACCAUCGCCCUUGCCACCAAGGUCCCACGCAUGACCAGCCCCAAGUCGCAGUCUGUUGCUGUACUGGUCUGGGGGGGCGCCAUGUUCUUCAUCUAUAGCUUCCUGCUCAGCGUCUUUCGCGUCAAGAACUCAAGCUACCCAUUCUCACUGCCACCAUUCAUCAAUAUCAGCUCGCCCAGGAUUGAGUACAUGACAGCAUUUUACCCUAUCCGUCGCGCGCGGUACGCUAAUGCAUUACAGCAUCUGAACGACGCAGCGUGCGACCGUCCUUUUGUCGCAAAGCUCAGAUCAUGCCGCCGACCACCUGAAUACCAGAUCCGCCUGACCAUUGCCGGUGGACCACCUCGAGACUACUACAACUGCCUUGUGAGAUCCGGUCUCGAAUUUUUUUUCCUACGCCCGCGCGAUUUCCUAGCUCUGUUACGCGCAUUUCCCUCGAUGGCAGGACACACUCCGUCUCUACAUUUUACUCGCACCAAUAACAAUGGCAUUUCGAUCCUACACGAGCUUGCGGCGACUGAUCACGAAAACAAGCUUUUGGAUGCAAUACUUUUGGGGAGUGCUGCUGACGCAAACUCCAUGUCCAAAGGCGGAAACAACCCCUUGUCCUAUGCAAUAAUUUACAAAAAUGAAAAGGCGACGGCGGCACUGUUGAAACGAAAAGACGUCGAUGCAAAUUCAUGUUUCCCUCUUCUCCAAGACCAGACUCCCUUGAUAUAUGCCAUUCAAAAGGAGGAAAUGGGCUUAUUAACUUGUUACUCGAUGGAGAAGGCCCACGUUGACGGUCAGGGCAGAGCAGCAAUAUCAUAUGCUGCUGCUAGUGGGAGUAAAGAAGUCGUAGAGCUUCUACUAUCUCAGCAUGGGGUCAACGCAGACCAGAAAGAUAAUACUGAGCGAAGACCACUAUCAUAUGCUGUUGAGGCGCAGCAUGAAGAAGUCGUCCGGCUACUGACAAGGCUUGGUCUUUAUCCAGGCGGGAAGGAUGACUACUGUCAAGAACCACUACUAUCAUUUGCAGUUUGCAAGGGUAACCAAAAAAUCGUCGAGCUGCUACUUCCAAGGCCCAAUGUUGACGCAGAGACAAGAACUAGCAGCAAUCGGCUGGCACUGUUCGAAGCUGCUGCGAAAGGCUCUGCAGCGGUGGUGAAGCUGCUACCAUCGCAACCUAAUGUUUACGCAGACCAGAGAGAUGACCGCAAUCGAACGCCACUGAUGCAUGCUGCUGUGUGCGGAAACGGAAGCGUCGCAAGGCUAUUACUAGAUGAGUAUUCUGUGGAGGCUCACUCGAGAAGCUUCCUUGGCAUGUCGCCUUUGCGCUAUGCCGCUGAGUCGGGAAAUGUAGAGGUCAUAAGACUGUUGCUGAAUCAUGACAGGGACGAAGACAUCAGAGACGAAGCUUCAAAGUUGCUGGUAGAAAUGGCGCGAGAGCACCCCGAAAUCCUCAUUCCGGAAUUAGUCCAUGAUCGCGAUACCGACGUAAACUAUGCCGGCGGCCGGCACGCAGAGACGGCGCUAUUCUGGGCCUCCAGAUUAGGUUGGACGCCAUUGGUAGAGCUAUUGCUGUCACAUCCGAAUAUCAACAUAAACAAAGCGUCCGAGAAUGGCACAACGCCACUACUGGCGGCCAUCACAGGGAAGAAUGAAGACACUGCAGUGCUAUUACUGAGGCACGGCGCCAACCGCGCGACAGUCCUUACAUGUAGCGAACCCAACUCCAAGUUGAUAGUUACACCACUGAUGGCUGCGAUUGACUGGCAGCAAGAACGUGUCGUGGAGCAACUACUACAUCUUGGCGUUAGCAUGGAAACCAGAGAUGCCUACCACAAUCUACCACUGGUCGUUGCUGCACGGAACCCAAGACCGCGCUGCGUCAGGCUGCUGCUCGACCAUGAUGACAGGGGAAAAAACAACGCCACCUCGGAUUUCUGUCUUGCCUUGCACCAUGCCGUCAAACAGCUGCGGCCAGAAGCCGUAAAGAUGCUGCUCGACCAACUCAAUGGGCGAGUCCCCACGCCAGAAGGGCUUCUAAUAGAAAAGUUGCCCAUGUUAUCCGACCUGUUAAGAAAACGAUUCCUUGAGAUGCUUCACUAUGGAAUUUGGCCACAAUGCGUGGGAGAUGAGGACGUAAACAUGUGCAACCACGAGCACAUCGUCAACGCCAUGCUGGGCAUUAGGGACGACGGGCUCACCUUCAUGAUUAAGAAGUCCCCCUUCUACAUAGCCCUUCGCUGCCAAGUCUUCGCAGCACAGAUGUUGCUUGAUCGGGCGGAUGCAGGCGCCGACUGGAGCUGUUACCACUUCCCCUGGCCGGAAUCGAGGGGCGCAUUUGCCGAGUAUGAAGGCAUUGUGAAGAAGCUCCUCGCCCUGCGCGAUGACCUGACGCCAAGACAACCUGACGCCAGUGCGUUGGGCUACGGCCGACCCCGUAGUCGAAUCUUACUUUAA